AACGUGUUGGCCAACAGUAUUAAAUUACUGCACACCAUGAAGAUUCUUUUCUUUGUAUUUUUGUCAGUUACUUUCCAGCUAUCAUACGCACACUCGUCAUGCCCUGUGGAAGGAAGCGUAGAAUAUAUGAAUAAAUGCUUCUGGGUUACCAUGGCGCCAACAUCGGCUGGCGUUAAUUACGAUAAUGCAAAAAAACUAUGCGAAGAAAAGAACGCUAAUCCAGCAAACAUUUACAGCGAAAGUCAUUACAAUUCCAUCAUGGCCUACCUUCGCAAAGCUAGAGGAGAUUUCUACUACGUUUAUCUUGGAAUGAAAUAUGACAAAUCAAAAUUGAAAAAUUAUGACGGAAGUGCUGCAUUAUAUGUGAAAUGGAGAUCCGGUGAUCCGAUAACAGUCGUGGCAGCUAUGGUCCCUAUGACACAGGUUGCAAUAGAUAUUUUUCCCGAUCAAACAAACGGCGGUAACGGAAUGCUUACAUCAUACGAAGGGUGGAAGAAAAAGGGAGUUGUAUGCGAGGCACCAGUCAUCGAAACUUCAGCAUCUGUUUGCUUACAAGACGAUCAACACUUUACCCGUGGAGAUCAAUGCUUUUACGUAAAAAUGUCGCCAACUUCGCACGGUGUUAACUAUGCAGAGGCUGAGAAACUUUGCCUAGACGACAAUGCAUUUCCAGCAAAUAUCUACGACGCCAAACAUUACGAUGACACAAUGAAUCACCUAAGAACAACAAACCACAAAUUUCAUUACGUUUACCUUGGAAUGGAUUAUACGAAUAAAAAUUUGAAAUAUUACGAUGGAUCAAAGGCUUCAUACGCUCACUGGCGCAGUGGAGAUCCAGUAACAGUAGUAGCCAGUGGCGAAUCAAUGGACCGCGUUGCGAUUGAUGUUUUUCCAGAUGCGUCAUACGUUGGAAACGGCAUGCUAACUUCUGCUGCUAACUGGGGCAAGAAUGGAGUGAUUUGUGAAGAAUACACAAAGCGUUGCGUUGACCAAGCAAAUCACAUUUUGCAUGGAGAUUCGUGUUUUUGGGUAGAAAUGACGCAAAAAACACCUGGUAUUAACUACGAAGAAGCAGAAAAACUUUGUCGUGUCAAACAAGGUACUCCGGCAAAUAUAUACGAUGCUGAACACUACUCCAAUGCCAUGUCACUACUGCGAGAAGCUAAUAAUAUGUAUUACUUUGUUUACCUGGGAAUGAGUUACAAGAAUGAAAAACUCACGUAUUAUGACGGAAGUUCAGCUUCAUAUGCUAAUUGGCGUUACGGAGAUCCAGUGACCGCUGUGGCAAGCGGAGAACCAAUGAUUCAAGUUGCUAUUGACGUUUACCCAGAAUCCUCAAACAGUGGUAAUGGAAUGUUGACUUCUGCUCCAAAUUGGGAAAAGAAAGGAGUUUUGUGUGAACAAAAAACCCAUCGCUGCCUUAACCAUGAACAUCACUUAACACGAAAAUCAUCCUGCUUUUGGGUGGAAAUGGCGCCUAAAUCGAUGGAUCCUGGAGCCAACUUCGAAGAAGCCGAGAAGCUUUGUCGUGAUAAAGAAGGAACUCCUGCAAAUAUAUAUGAUGCCGAGCACUACUCUGAUACCAUGUCGCUGUUAAGAAAAGUUCAUAAAUCUUAUUACUUCGUUUACCUUGGAAUGGAUUAUGAGAAUCAGAAACUCAAGUAUUACGAUGGAAGUCCUGCACCUUACGCUAAAUGGCGUAACGGUGAUCCAGUCACAACUGUGGCCAGCAGAGAACCAAUGAUUAAAGUUGCGAUUGAUGUUUAUCCCGAAGAAUAUAACAGUGGCAACGGCAUGUUGACUUCUGCGCCAAAUUGGGAAAAGAAAGGAGUUGUGUGUGAACAAAAAAUUAAUCCAUGCCAUGGUUUGGACAAAUACUUCAUGUGGGGUGAUAAAUGCUUCUGGGUUGAUAUGGCCAAUGAAUCGGGCAUGUUCGUCGGCUACAAUUUCGCCGAAUCGGAAAAAGCUUGCGCUUCAAAACAAGGAACUCCGGCAAAUAUAUACGAUGCCGAACACUACGCAAAAACCAUGUCUCAUUUGAGAGAAGUCAAAGACGAAUUUUACUACGUUUAUCUUGGAAUGGAUCAUAAGGGAGGAAAUUUGAAGUAUUACGACGGCUCGACCGCUUCCUACGCCCACUGGAGACCCGGUGAUCCUCGUCCGACAAUGAGAGACGAUGAACCAAUGGACAAAGUCGCCAUUGACGUGCAUCCAAAUCCAUCUGACCCGAGGAACGGAAUGCUGACUUCUGUACACAGCUGGGAAAAGAAGGGUGUUGUCUGCGAACGUUAAAAUUUGAUUUAAUACCAGGAUAAAUUAGACAAAAAAUGGACUGAAAGAACUUUUUAAUUUUUAUGGGUGUGUAAUCAAAAGCUUAUUAAAUUAUCGCAAUGUGGAUAAUAAUAAUAAGCUCAUAAAUUACUCUUAUACAUUUUCAAUUUGCUUUUAUCAAAAUUCAAAACAAAGCAUUAAAUUUAAAUUCUCAAACAACUUAAACAGAAUGAUUCUAUAAAUAGUUUUACAACCAAAAGUUAUAAGGUUCUACUUCUUGGUGAUUCUUUAGGAUAAUUCUGUUAACAUAAGCUAUGGCGACGGGUGUUGUCUUUCAUUGUGGGCAAUAGUUAGCUAAAAACAGUUCCAAUCUAGUGAUCCACAACUUGCUUGACUCAAUUUGACAUGACUAAUAAGCAUAAGUUUUGGUGGCAAAAAAUAUAAAAAAAAAUGGAUACAA